CCGCGGCGCGGCCUCUCGGUCCUUAUAGCGGCGGGGCGGGGACGGCGGCACUCGGCCGGCGGGGAGCGCAGAUCUUUGAACCCCAACUGAGUCAUCGCCAGCUUGGUUCAAGAUGCCACCGGCCAUCGGAGGCCCUGUGGGAUACACCCCUCCUGAAGGAGGGUGGGGAUGGGCCGUAGUCAUCGGAGCCUUCAUCUCCAUUGGGUUUUCUUAUGCCUUCCCCAAAUCCAUCACAGUGUUCUUCAAAGAGAUUGAGGUCAUCUUUAAUGCUUCCAGCAGCAAGGUCUCGUGGAUCUCCUCCAUCAUGCUGGCUGUUAUGUAUGCAGGAGGUCCCAUCAGCAGCAUCCUGGUGAACAAAUACGGCAGCCGGCCCAUCAUGAUCGCCGGCGGGUGCCUGUCGGGCUGCGGGCUGAUCGCAGCCUCCUUCUGCAACACUGUGGAGGAGCUCUACUUCUGCGUGGGGGUCGUGGGGGGCCUUGGUCUCGCGUUCAACUUGAACCCAGCCUUGACCAUGAUUGGCAAGUACUUCUUCAAGAAGCGUCCCCUGGCCAAUGGGCUGGCCAUGGCGGGCAGCCCUGUCUUCCUCUCCACCCUGGCGCCUGUCAACCAGCUCUUCUUUGGCAUAUUUGGCUGGCGUGGCAGCUUCCUCAUCCUUGGUGGUCUCCUGCUGAACUGCUGUGUGGCUGGAUCCCUGAUGCGGCCCAUAGGCCCCAAGCCUGAUCAGCUGAAGAAGGAGGCUGCUAAGGAGGUGCUGCAGGAAGCUGGGAAGGCAGUGAAAAAGGAUGAUGGUGACACCAGCACAGACCUCAUUGGUGGGAAGACCAAGAAAGAGAAGACUACAUUUUUCCAGACCAUCAACAAGUUCUUGGACCUGUCCCUGUUCACUCACAGGGGCUUCCUGCUUUAUCUGUCAGGCAAUGUGAUCAUGUUCUUUGGGCUGUUCACUCCCUUGGUCUUCCUCAGCAAUUAUGCGAAGAGCAAGAAGAUUGCUAAUGAAUCUGCAGCCUUCCUGCUCUCCAUCCUGGCCUUUGUAGACAUGGUGGCCAGGCCUUCCAUGGGACUGGUGGCAAACACCAAGUGGAUCAGACCCAGAGUCCAGUAUUUCUUUGCCAUCUCUGUGAUUUACAAUGGGGUGUGCCACCUCUUGGCCCCCAUGUCCACCACCUAUGCUGGCUUCUGCAUUUAUGCUGGCUUCUUUGGCUUUGCCUUCGGCUGGCUGAGCUCAGUCCUGUUUGAGACGCUGAUGGACCUGGUGGGAGCUCAGCGGUUCUCCAGUGCUGUUGGCCUGGUGACCAUCGUGGAGUGUUGCCCUGUGCUUCUGGGACCCCCUCUGCUAGGGAAGCUCAAUGACAUGUAUGGUGACUACAAGUACACGUACUGGGCCUGUGGGGUCAUCCUCAUAAUCUCUGGGAUCUACCUCUUCAUCGGGAUGGGCAUCAACUACCGCCUGGUGGCAAAGGAGCAGAAGGCGGAGGAGAAGGCGAGGAAGGAAGGGAAGGAGGAGGAGACCAACGUUGAUGAGGCUGAGAAGCAGAAAGAGGCAAACAACGACGUGGCCCCUUCACCUCAGAAGAGCACGGAGGAUGGUGUCAAAGAGGAGGAGAGCCACAUGUGAGGGACCGGUCUCAAUCCCGGAGUGUCGGGGAAGCGCCGCUGCCCUGGCGCGGUGGCCGGGGCAGCGCUCCGCUGGUGCUGGGCGGCCGUGAGAAGUGUUUAAACCAGGUGUUCAUUUUUAACCAGGCUCUGAACUGUCUUUCCAUCUGUGUUCAACAAAGGUAACAGGGCUACACACGCAGUAUCCUUGUGCAUCGGGGGGCAAGGGGGGGCUUUUUAUAGUCUGGCUUUUUAACAGUAACAUGAAUGUACUAAUACGUGCCUUACAGUCUUCAUAUCUAGCUGAGUCUGGAUGAGCCUUAACUCUAAACCGUGCUUUAGCUCUGUAUUCUGCUCGGGGUGGGGUGUGUGUGCACGUGUGCGUUUGGGGGAGCUUUGUUGUUAAAAAGCCAUAAAAAGCAGGAUACUGGAUUUGUUGAAGCACGAUGGGCUUCAGGGCCGGCCCCGGAUGAAUUCUGCUUCACACGCUUCUUACCGCAGGCCCUCCGCCGAGGGGAGGUCUGGGCACGGGGCAGGGUGGUCCUCGGCUCCCAUGCCGGGUGCCUCCUGGCUCUGUAGGUGGUCUUUAGGUAUAUUUUGAAAACACUUUAGCUACUGUAGUUUUUUAAAAUCCCUCUUUUUUUUUUUUUUUUUGUAGUUGUGCUCUCAUGGGGUAUCUGGGUUGGAGAAGGAUGGCUGUGGUUUGGGCUGGGGAGCGUUGCCUGCUCCAGCCCCUGCAGCUGGGGGAGGGCUGGGGUCUCCCCUGUCCCCCUGCUCUGCCCUGGCAGUGCCUCUUCCCAGCCCAGUCCUGGGUGAUGUGAAGGGGGUGUGAAGGCAGAGGCUUGGCUGGUAGUGCCAGGUCAGGGUGUUGUGGGGCAGGUGGAGAUGGUACAUCCCUGGGACAGGCCCUCUGCUUUCGCUCUUUUAUCUCUUAGAGAAACCUCUUUUACUUGCUUCUGUUCAACUGAGACCUUAAGGCAGUGGAUGCUGAACCACUCACCUCUAGGACAUGUAAGGGGGAGGAAAGAAUUUGUAUGUAUUUAUUUUUUAUUUUUUAGUGCUGGAAAAUAUCCCAACGUACGUGGAGCAGGUUAAUGGCUCUCAAGUUCUAGUAAAUGUUGACCAGAAAUCAUGUAAGAGGCUGAGGUUUUUGGGUUUUUUCAAAUAAACUUGUUUUUUUUACAAUUUA